CUUGUGUGCGGCGCAAGAUUAGAUUGUGGCUGAGAGCGAGAAAGCAGGACAGAAACAGCUGAAGUUUAACCCCUAACUUUCGUUUCAGAUAAGUUUGCUCUUCCUAGGGUGAGGAUGGCAAACACAACAAGCUUCGACGAUUUAUCCGAUUCAGAGGAUCAAGAUGUCACUAGUAGCAUCGAUGAUCUUGACACAACCCAAGAUGUGUGCAAAAAGAACUUGCUUGAGGAUUUUGCUGCCGAUGCUAAGCUCACCAGGCAAAGCGUCGCCCAUGGUCGUGAACAUAUGCAAGUCCAUCUGAGAAUUCGACCCUUCACUGCCACGGAGAGGGACAAAGGAGAGUAUCAGGACUGUAUGGAGAUUCAAGAGACGUCAACGCUCCUGAUGAGAGCCCCUAAGGAUAGCUUCACCUUUAAGUCAAGCCAGCGAGGUUUCAGCAACAUGACCCACAAGUUCACCUUCAGCCGCAUCUUCGGGGAGGACACCAGCCAGAAGGACUUCUUCGACGACACGAUGCUCUCAACCGUAAAGGACUUCAUCGAUGGGCAGAACUGCCUGGUGUUCACGUACGGUGUGACAAACGCUGGAAAGACUUACACCAUUCAGGGGGCUCCACAAGAUGGUGGUAUACUGCCGCGAUCACUAGACGUCAUCUUCAACAGCAUCGAGGGUAAACACUAUACCAGCAUGCAGCUCAAGCCUCGCUACUUCUGCGAUGUCACUAAGUUAACAGAGCGACAACUCCAUAAAGAAGAGGAUAUUAGGGACUCAGUGCUGUCCAUGGCAGCAAGGACUCUCAAACAGGACAACUCGGUUACUGAUGAUGCUGAUGACUCGAGAGCCUCUAACUACACCACAGCAACGGAGGAUUCACGCUCAGAAAUUUCAUUUCACAAUGUAACAGAUGAUAGUGUGCCGAAUGUUCUAGAGGACAUUCGUUGUCGGAUUCCAGACGAUACGUCGAUCGACGUGGAAGCCCAGGGUCCAGUCAAAUUUGCCAUCUGGGUGUCCUUUGCCGAGAUCUACAAUGAGUACAUCUACGAUCUCCUGGAAGCGAUACCGAAAGGAAAGAAAGUACGACGACAGCCCCUCAAACUGUCUGAAGAUAAAAAUGGUCAGAUUUUCAUCAAAGGGUUGAAAGAGAUUUAUUGUCGGAGCGCAGAUGAGGCCUACAAAAUCCUGAAGAUCGGCCAGCAGAAUCUAAGCAUUGCUGCAACCAAACUUAACCAGUGCUCCAGCCGCAGUCAUUGCAUCUUCAGUAUCAAGAUUCUACGCGUAGUUGAUUGUGAUAACCCUCAUGUUGCCCGAGUGAGCAAGCUUUCAUUCUGUGACUUAGCUGGUUCCGAGCGCUACACCCGAACCCAAAACACAGGAGACCGUCUCAAAGAAGCUGGUAACAUCAACACGUCGCUGCUCACUCUUGGGAAGUGCAUCCACACCCUCAGAUACAACCAGAAUCAUCCAAAGACUCACCCCAAGAUCAUUCCGUUUCGGGAGAGCAAACUGACGCGGUUAUUUCAGAGUUUCUUCAUGGGUAAAGGCAAGGCUUCCAUGAUCGUCAAUGUCAACCAGUGUGCAUCAGGUUUUGACGAAACCAUCCAUGUGCUUAAGUUCUCAGCAAUAGCCAAGCAGGUGACAACAAUCACCUCCAAGUUGGACAACAAAUGGAAAAUCCCAGCCGUCGCAGCCCCGCCCAAGUACCCGUCAUCCCGAGCACUCUCCAUGGCAAUCAACCAGUCGAUGUCUCGCAACAGGGUGUCGGUUGCCUGGGCCACGCCCGGAUUAAACCCAGAUUCAAACCUGGAUCUGACGACGGUUGACGAGACGUUUAUCGAGGAGGAUGAAGAAGAUGAAGAGACUGAGGAUGAGGAGGGCGACGUAGAGACCACUCCCAAAGAGUCAAAAGCUAAACUGGUUUCUCUGGUGGAAUCCCUCAAGACUCAACUGAUUGAAACCAAGAAGUUACAGAUGAUGAUGGAAGUCCAGAUAAGAGCAGAGGUUUGUCAGGAGAUGUCUCAGCAGCUCGUUCAGAUAGAGUCAGAAUACAAAGAUCGCAUGGAGGAAGAACGCAUGAUCAACGAAGAAAUGUACGAGAAACGAUUGGAGAUGUAUGAGAAGUCGGUGAAGAAACCACGCAAGAGGCCGCACAUUGAGACAGUUGACACAGACGAUGAAUUUGUAUCCAGCCUCCUGCUUCAUGCCGAGCAGAGCAAAGUUCAGGAACGAGAAAAGACCAUCAGGAGUCUCAGAGGAGAUGUGCAGAAGUUAAAAGACACCCUGGAUGAGACGGAGGAGAAGAUGAACAUACAGGAUCAGACGUCUCGCGAACUACAGGGUCUGGUGGAGACUAGCAGCCUAGCCCUGGAGGAGGCAAAGGCCAAGAUGUGCAUCAAGGAUCAAAAACUGCUGGAUAUGGAGACUAAGCUGAAAGAAACCUAUGAUGCAGUGGCACUUAAAGAACAGGAGUUGGUCCAGGAAUGUAGCUUAUUGACAGAGAAGAUCAAAGAGAAUGAAGCAGCACUCACGACGAUGGAGAAUGCAAACCAGGAACUGCAGGAGAAAUUAAGUAUUUCCCAAGAGAAACAUGCAACACAGGUCUCUCAGCUCGAAGCAGAGUUCAAAAUCCUCCAAGAAAGCUUGAAGACCUACAUGGAAGCAGCCACGACCGGCGAGGAUGCAGUUGGGAAGCUCUCAGAGGCUUUGUCGGAAGCUGCUGAUCUGAGGCUUCAGUUGCAGUCGACAACCAAGAAGGACUUGCAGACAACUUCGGCGAGAGAAGAAGCAGAGAAGUAUAAAACAGAACUGGAGGAGCUAAAGAAGAUGCACGAGUCCGAGUUGCAAUCAUUCCGCGAUGAGCUGAAGGCUUCCUCCAAGACCCUUGUGAGGGUGGGGUUGCAGGUCGAAAAGGAGAAAGAGAAGAAUUUUGAUGCCGAAGAGAAAAUUGUUGAUCUUGAAGAAAGGCUGAGCUCACUUAACGAGGACAAAAAUCAAUCGUCAAAUGAUUCUGAGGAAGAGGAGCAGAAGAUAUUGACCCAAGAAAAAACAAUCAAGGAAUAUCUUGACAAACUAUCCAAACAAGAGAAAAGCAUUGAGACUAGCGAGGCUACAAUCCAAGGUCUUGAAUCCCAACUGAGUGAAGAGCAGAUGAAGACAGCUGAGGUCCUUGCAAAGAAAGAGGAACUGGCAAAGAGCAUCAAAGAACUUGAAGAAAAUCUGGAUGAUCUACAGACACAUUUCGACCAGACAAACUCCAAAGGCCAAGAGGCCACGGUCAGAGCUGCUACCCAGGAGAAAAGCAUUGUGAACUGUGAGGCUACAAUCAAAGGUCUUGAAUCCCAACUGAAUCAAGAGCAAAUGAAAACAGCCGAGGUCCUUGCGAAGAAAGAGGAACUGGCAAAGAGCAUUAAAGACCUUGAGGAGAAUCUGGAUGAUCUUCAGACACGUUUCGACCAGACAAACUCCAAGUGCCAUGAGGCCACGGUCAGAGCUGUUGCCCACGAGAAAAGCAUUGAGAACUGCGAGGCUAAAAUCAAAGGUCUUGAAUCCCAACUGAAUCAAGAGCAGAUGAAGUCAGCCGAGGUCCUUGCGAAGAGAGAGGAACUGGAAAAGACCAUUAAAGACCUUGAGGAAAAUCUGGACGAUCUGCAGACUAGUUUCGACCAGACAAACUCCAAGGUCCAAGAGACAACAGUCAGAGCUGCUGCCCAAGAGAAAAGCAUUGAGAACCGCGAGGCUACAAUCAAAGGUCUUGAAUCCCAACUGAAUCAAGAGCAGAAGAAGACAGCCGAGGUCCUUGCGAAGAAAGAGGAACUGGAAAAGAAUAUUAAAGACAUUGAGGAGAAUCUGGAUGAUCUUCAGACACGUUUCGACCAGACAAACUCCAACGGCCAAGAGGCCACAGUCAGAGCUGCUGCCCACGAGAAAAGCAUUAAGAACUGCGAGGCUACAAUCAAAGGUCUUGAAUCCCAACUGAAUCAAGAGCAGAUGAAGACAGCCGAGGUCCUUGCGAAGAAAGAGGAACUGGAAAAGAACAUUAAAGACCUUGAGGAGAAUCUGGAUGAUCUUCAGACACGUUUCGACCAGACAAACUCCAAGAACCAAGAGGCCAGGGUCAGAGCUGCUGCCCUUGAAAAUGACCUGGAGUAUGUGAAUGAGGAGAUCAAAAAGGAACAGAAAGCCCACAAUGACACAAAAAUGGUAGCAUCGGACUACGGCUGCCAGGUUUCUCUCCUUCGCUCCCAGCUUCAGACGGCAGAGCGGAUGUCAGCGUCCAGCGGUGAACUGGCCAAACGGUACCAAGAACUUGAGGGCAGCCUCAAGGAGAUGCAGCGCACCCUGACGGAUAAAGAAAUUGCUCUUGCCGAAGCAUCUAAAUGGCAGGGCGAUGCUACUGAUCUACGCUCCCAGCUUAAAAUGUUGGACGACAAGCUGAAAGAGACGGAACAAAAGAGGUCCACCGCUGAAACGACGGUGCAGAAUCUUUCACAACAGUGCACUGGGCUCCAGCAAAGUCUUGCCCAGAAAGCGAAAGAGACAAUGGAGAUCCAGCAGCUCAAGGACCAGCAAAAGACCAACGAGGAGCGAUGCAUCGGUUUGGAGAAAACCCUAGAGGAGCAGAAGGCCAAGACAAAGAGCAAAGCGGACACCAUUAAGCAGCUCAUGAAUGAGAUCGAGAUGCAGUGCCACAAACUCCAGGCAGUAGAGAAAGAUACACGAGCCAACAGCGAGGUGAUUUCUGUCUUAAAGGCUGGCAUGCAGGAGCAAGAAGCAACCAUGGCAAGUCAAGACGAGAUUCUCGCUUCUAAAGAGCAGGAGCUGGACUCACUCAGAACAGAGCUAACAGAUUUGCAGGACAAGUACUCUGACUUGCACACCGUCUCUAGUGAGAAUAAGCAGGCAGUAAGGGAGUCCAAUAGAAACCACGAUCAGUCCAAGAAGGAGAAGGAGACAAUGAGGAAAGAGCUCAAUGAAACCCUCAGCAAACUCCGCGAAUUGGAGCGAGAACACGAGGAACAUAAGAAGAAACUUGUAGACACCAAGGCGGCCCUUUCGGAUUAUGUGAAGGAGAAGAGGGCAGUAGAGGGUGACUUGCAGAAGCUCAAGGAACAACUUGAGCGAUCACAGACGAGCUUGGCCGAUGCUCAGCAGCAUCCCCAAGAUUGCCCAGAUAAAAUUGAGAACGUAAACCUGCUGAAGAAAAUCACUGCAUUAGAGCAAGAGGUGAUGAAACAAGUUGCUGAGAAGGAUGAGACGUUGAAGACGUGGCGUAAGGAGAAGGAUAAUCUUGUCGGAGCUUUGCAAGAAAAGAUGGAAUCACUCCUAGAAGACAAUAAGACAAAGAUAACACAACUUGAGGAGAAAGAGGAGCACAUCAAACAUCUAAAGGAUAAGAUGGUGAGCAUCACCCAGUCCCAGUCCAUGACUGACGAUGAGAGCGAUUCGGACGACACCAGGGGGAGUAAGAGACGGUCCGGGAAGAGCAAUGAGGGUGUCCAGAAGGAGGUGCAACGGCUAACUGAACUGUUGGAGACAGAAAGAGAGGACAAGAAGACAGCUCUGACUUCAUCCAAGAGAAUUGUGGCUGAGAAGAUGAAAUCUAUCUCGGAGCUAGAGGCGGCAAAUCGCACACUUCAGACACAACUUGGACUAAUUGAGCAGGUGAGCGUUGACGUCAAACCUUUACGCAACAUGGAUUCCUCCCUCAAGGACUCCUCUAGUUCCCCAAGCGACCAGCCCGAGUCCCCUGACCUCUUCGCCAUGGAGGUCAAAGAUCAAGAGAGCUUCUCCCUCCCUGGCCGACGAAGGACUCGCGUACAGAUGGACAUGACCCCACUGCAGAAGAAGCAACCGGCGCGAAAAGGGAGGGCGAACACGCGCAGAACCAAAAAGCGAAAGAGCAUGGAAGAGAUGGAGGAGUUUAAUGACGAUGCCUAUGGGAAGAGGAACCGCGGUGAUGAUGGAAGUACAAGAGUGACGAGAAGCUCAAGAAAGACAAGAGCUGUUAGAGGAGAGGAGGAUUUGGUUGAUGAAAACGCGAUGCCCGAAGCACCCUUGACCAGUGGGCGGGGCAAGAGGGCGCCUUUCUCCAAGAUUGGAGACAUGCUGCAGAACUCGCCAAUUGCGAAAUCAGCAGCCUCCUCGUUAAAAUCUUCCUCUCGGUCCCAACCCUCAGCCAAGAAGUUUGUGGAAAAUGCAACGUCCCAUAUGACGUCCCCGACGAAGUCCCCGGAGGUGCAGUUUGUGUCGUAUCACGGUCCACCUACGACCGAGAAGAAACGGAAACGUCUCCUCAAGAAAGACAUCUCAGCUCCCUUCCAGAGUUCCCCAUUUGAGAUGGUUAACCAUGGAGAGUCAAGGGGUGAUAGUUCACACAGUAUUGUGACAAGAAAACUGAGGUCUCGCAACACAAGAGUGUAAAUAAAUAUGUAAAUAUACGACUGGUUGAAAACCGGGCUGAUGACUGAUUGUAAAUUGAUUUGUAUUAUAGCCUUUUGAAAUGAUUGUAGUGUCAUUCAGUAGAACUUUAAUAAAGUGUAGCAGGCCUUGAACUUUGCUCUUGAUGGGGCACAGCAAUUUCUUUCUGGUGAAAGGAGCAACUCUGUGAAGAAAAUGUAAAUUUGUACAGAAACCUUGCACCACAGCAACAGCACAGGGCACCGCGGCAAUUGUUUGGUGCCGUGGGUUAUUUCGAGGCCUGGUGUAGCCGUAGUUGGGUUCUUCUCCCAUUCAAAUGAAUCUGUCCAAAGUGAGGUUGAAAUGAGAAAAUAGUCAGAUCACCUAUGUGUGUAAAGGCAUUCAGUAUUCAUUAUAGCUGUGUGAAUGCAGGGAUCAUGACUGUAGAUGGUUGCUCUGAUUACCAAGCGGCAUUUCUGAUCAUAAACUUACCAUAACCAAACUCGAACCCAACUAAUGGCAGUCAUAAAGGUAUGGUGGUAGAUUUAUGUUUUUUGCGUUCGCCCCAAACAAUGCGAAUAUUUGUUACGGGGGAGGGCAACUAGAAGAAAACUAUUAUAUGUGAAAAAUAACUCGGAGGAGCUAAAGGAAGGAAUAGAAGUUCUUCUAAAAACAAUCUAGAUUGUAGGUUAGACAUUACCCCUAGUCACUGGGCAGUAUAUUUCAUUCCUUAAACAUCUCAGCUCCGGGGGGAGAAUACAGUCUACUGCAAAGUAUAUGUAGCGCACUGAGCUAAACCAAUCACAAGAACCAUUUCACAGGAUACUCAUUUACGAGAAGCGAAUAAUAUAGUUAAAUGCCUUGCUCAUAGACACUAGUGUCAUGAUCGUGAUUCAAACCAAAUCGCUGAUGACUAAGCCAUCAGAGCUUGAGUCCGAUGCACUAAACCACUCGGCUAUGAAAUUAAAAUUCCCUCCUUUUCAGGGUCACUACCAAAAUAUGACCCUACAUUUAAAUCCAAGUUUAUUUAAACCUAUCCUGGUAUGAAUGAAGAUAAGCAUUUUAAAAUGCCUGUUCAUAAAGGGCUACCAAAAUGAAUUAUUAUUUUUAUUUUAAUUAUGCAGUUUACUAAAUAGAAAAAUAUUUGUGUUGUUAAUCUUUCGAUUAAUGGAAUUGCUUGAUUCUCAACUAGACACAUAUUUACAUGUACAUGUAUAUGUCAUAACUGUAAAUAAUAGUUAUGUUUGUAAAGGAAAAACAGUGUGUUAAAACAUCUUACCUCCCUGG